UAGAUUUAAGUGUGAAAAUUUGUGCAGAGCAGUAUCCAUAGUAUCAUAAUUUCAUACCGACAUAUUGAGGGAUAAAGCUCUCUACAAUUCGAAAAUGGCUUCAAUUCCUUCGAAUUUAGCUAUUCCUGUGUGCAAUUCGUCGAUUAUUUCUUCAAGACCGCAAGUUUCGGUCUACUGUUCGUACCCCUCAAACUUUAUGGCGAUGAAGCCUUCUCGAAUCACUUCUUCCAGAAUUCUGGCUGCUCCUCAAGUGUUGGAAUCCAAUGCCGCUUCUACUGCUACUGAGGUUGCACCAAAGCAGAAGAUUAGAAUCAAACUGAGAUCAUACUGGGUACCCCUGAUAGAAGACUCUUGCAAGCAGAUAAUGGAAGCGGCAAGGACAACAAAUGCAAAGACUAUGGGUCCAGUGCCUUUACCAACAAAGAGAAGGGUGUACUGUGUUCUCAAAUCUCCUCACGUGCACAAAGAUGCGAGGUUCCAUUUUGAAAUUAGAACUCAUCAGCGACUCAUUGACAUCCUUUACCCAACUGCGCAAACAAUUGACUCCUUGAUGCAGCUCGACUUGCCUGCCGGUGUUGAUGUGGAGGUUAAGCUUUAGAUCUCACGGUAAUGUAAAAUGUGAUUUCGUUGUACACAUGAUAUUUAUUGGCUUAAGCAGGGAAAGAUGAAGACCAACGUUCAUUAUUAAUUUGAUAAUUUUAGUUAUGCAUGAA